UCCUUCGGGACCGGAGAAUGAAGCCGGAGACCAUGACGACAAGAAACACGACGAUGACGAUCUUGUGCAGAAUUCCAAGACUGCUCAAGUCUCUCCAACAACAGCCAUCGUCGCCAUCGAGCCUAAAGUCCUUCGUCGUCACGUCCUACAGGCUAUUCUCAGCGAGCUGAUUUGUCAGAAUAUUGAGCCAAUCAACUGCCAGGGAGUAAAAUCAAGCCCUUUGAUUGGCCAGAAGGGCAAGCGGUCAGUAAAGAGGGUCCGUCCAUCAACCUCUUACCCAGCUGACCGUAGGGUAUCUACAUGGGACUUCCUUUACUACCGUAAGUUGGAUUUUCGUCUUACUUUUCAUGAGAAAAAAAAGUAUACCGGAAUGAUCUAAUUUUAUUUGGUUGUAAAAAGUAAUUAGAACCUUAACUGAAUCAAGGCCGUUAGAGUAUUGCGGGUUUUAUUUGUAUUUGAUGGGUACUUUAUCUUUCAUUACAUUAAAAAAAUAAAAAUAAAAAUUUAGCAUUGUUGUUUAAACAAACAUUUCUUAUGUCCAAGAUGGAGAGGAAGCGAAAGUGAAAAUAAUCAUGAAAAGAGCGUCAGGAUGACAUAAUUAUGAUAGUGAAAGCCAAGAUUGAGAAAUUAGACACAGCGAUGAUUUCGAACAGUAGGAUUUUCACAUAUUUCAGAAUACAUUAUAAUAUUAUUUUAUACAUAUUCAGUAAAUAAUUUGUUUCAUUUGAUAACAUGUUAUACUGCUUGACUCGUGACAGAUCGAUUCGUCAACGAUGACAGCGAUAAAGAGUCAUGUGACGACGAAUCAUCGGAUGACGAUGAGUACAUGGGUGAUGCUGACAUCGAAUCUGAUGACGACGAGAUCGAUGACAGGAUCAGAGUCCACAGAUUCACUCACAGAGCCUCUUGCAAGGCUAAGGUCAACCGUGGCAAGGGCGGUAAGACAAAGAAGGCCAAAGGUCCUGCUGAUGUGUGCAAUGAGACACGCUCUGUGAUUGGUCAGAAGAUGGACACGAUGGUCGAGAUGAACGAUGACGUCAUCAAGCAGACAGAUGAGGAUAGCAGCGUCUAUCUCUCCAGCGGCUCUCUAGCUAGUGACGUCACCAGUGACGACGGAGCAUCAUCAGAGAUCGACGAUGUUUUCGUCGAAGAGAAUGACUUCCUGUUCAUUGUAUCCCUGUCCUGGAUCACCCACGUCAACAUCAGCGUCGCCUUCGCUCUCCUCUGGGCCUUCGUCGACAUCGACAGGAAGAUGGAAAAUGUGAUGGACGUCUUUGGCCACGAUGAUGACGGGAAGGCCGUCGUCGACCGUAAGGAGACUGUAGAUCAUACUCCCUCAGGCCACCAAGAGGAUGGAGAUGUGAUGGACACCUUUGGCCACGAUGAUGACGGGAAGGCCGUCAUCGACCGUAAGGAGACUGGAGAUCAUACUCCCUCAGGCCACCCAACGGAUGACGAAUACCCGCCUGACUUCGAGACGGACUCCGAGACUGACAUCGACCAGCCCUCGACCUCAUACAAGCGAGACAAGCACGCCACCUACGACUUCAUUGUCAGGAAGCGCUUCAUGGAUGUGUCUAGCGAUGAGUACAUCUGGUAGACACUGGGGCUAGGACUGGAGAACGUAGGGAGGAGUGAGGAUGAGAGCUUAUAAAUAAAGAUAAUACAGCUCUUAU